GCUGCGGGGACAGCUGAGGCCGGGAGCCGGCGCGCAGAUGAGGUCUAGGGCAGGCCGGCCCUCGGUGAUGGAAUACCGCCCCCGGCCGGACUUCCAGCCACACCUGACGUCGCUGCCCUACCGAGCGGGGAGCCAGCAGAUGGGGAUCCUCACCGUGGGUGGGCCCCAGGCCCUGGGGGACAGGCCUUGCCGAGCGAGGCACCACGUGGCCGUCUGCAAGCAGGAGAGUUUGUCCUUCGUGGAGCUCCCCAACCUCCAGCCUCCUGGUCAGGGGGACUUUAGUCUCGUCCCGUGCUCCUCGGAGGGCCGGGAGCUCCUCAGCUCCCACAGCAGCCCCAUGGACGGGUGGGGAAGCCUGUACCUGAGCCCCGAAGGCUGGCCCCCCUGCCAUCACAGCUACCCAGACUUCCACCCCAGCCUGGGCUGGAUCCCGGACUCCGGGGUCCCCUUUGGAGGCGAUGCUGCGGGCGGGGGCUCCGGGACUCGCCAUGGGGCGGCGGGGAUCGCUGCCCCCCAGGGACAGCAGGUGGUGGGGAACGCGGACAGCUGGCUUCACGACACCACCUUCAAGCCGCCCUCGUCUCACAGCGACUCCUCUCUCCACGACGUCGUCGGGGGGCCCACAAGCCCCCCGCUGCUGCCCGAGUCCCAGGGGCAAGGAUCCCAUGGGGUGGAGAAGGAGAAGCUGGCUUGGAGAAAGAUCAGGGUCUACUCCCCCGAGACUCUCAGCGACACGACCCCCAGCCUGGAUGGAGACGCCGUUUUCCCAGGGUCCCCAGUCCACGAGGAUGGCAGGUGUGCGGGGGAGCUCGCGCUGCGGGGGAUGGAGCCGCUGGACCUGAGGCCGGCUCCUGAGGGGCCUCCCCACGCAGUGCCCGAGACCCUGGACCUGGCACUGCCCCCGUGCUCGGCUGGCCGGAGCGCCAAGGGCUCGGCAGAGCAGGAGAGGCGGCGCUUCUCGGCCUCAGAGCUCAUGAACAAGCUGCAGCUGUCUCAGCGCAGGGCGACCUUCUCCCUCAAGCUGGGCAAGUCUUUCUCCGCCAGGAGCACUUCCAAGGAGAAAGGGGCUUGGGCGAGCCAGGAAGGUAAACCGAAUGGAAGGGAGCGGAGCCGCAGCAGCGCGGGCAGCGAUGGCCUCCCGUCCCCAGAGUCGCCCAGCGAGCCAGGGAACGUCUGUCCCAGGAGCGAGGCGGAGCCGGGUGGGUGCCCGAGCGCUUUGGUCCAGCAUGAGAGGCGGCAGUCGAGGUUCCUGCUGAAUUCCGUCCUGUACCAGGAAUACAGCGACGCCGCCAUCGCCCGGGAGAUCCAGCGGCAGCAGCGGGAGGACGCCCUGGCGGAGGAGGAGGAGGCCGCCUUGGCGCCGCCCAAGACCAACCUGUCGCCCAGCAGCUCGUUCCGCUCGCAGCGCUCGUCCCGCGGGCACAGCUUCUGCUUCUGGCAGGAGAUCCCAGAGGUGAAGAGCAGGCGGCUCCUGGAGGGUCUCACGCCCCAGCAGCACCGCCUGCAGGAGGCCAUGUUUGAGAUGAUCACGUCGGAGGCCUCCUACCUGCGCAGCCUCUCGGUGGCCACGAGCCACUUUAAGGGAUCGCUGGCGCUGCGGGAGACGCUGACCAGGGCCGAGGUGCACCGGCUCUUCUCCAACCUGCAGCAGGUGAAAGAAGUCAGUGAAAGGUUUCUCCUGGAGCUCGAGGAGCACAUGGACAAGGACGUCUUCCUGGCGGGGCUGGGGGCCGUGGUUCUGAAGCACUGCCCCGCCUUCCACAGGGUCUACAUCCCCUACGUCACCAACCAGAUGUACCAGGAACAGCUCAUGCAGCAGCUGAUGCGGGAGAACUGGCGCUUCCGGCACAUCCUGAGGAAGCUGGAGGAGCAGCCGGUGUGCCAGCGGCAGCCCCUGAAAUCCUUCCUGGUGCUGCCCUUCCAGAGGAUCACCCGCCUGAAGAUCCUGCUGGAGAACAUCCUGAAGCUGGCCCCGGCGGGCUCAGAGCUGGCCAGCUCCAUCGGCGCGGCCCUGAGGGCAGUGGGAGAGAUCGUGUCGGCCUGCAACGAGAACGUGCGGCACAUGAAGCAGACGGAGGAGCUGGUGCUGCUGGAGAAGCAAGUCGAGUUCGUAAAGACGAAGGGAGACCCCGCUGCAGGCCUGUGUGGCGCGGCUGUUACAACCACUCGAUCACACCUGGACGUGGCAGCACAGGCCGUGGUGAUCCCGGGAGACGACCGCCCUGGUGCACAUGCAAUGAGCCUCAUGGUGCAAGGACCGCUCAGCACCGUCCUCUUCCUCCUCGCUGGCUCCUUCCGCUAUUUCUAG